CUACGAGCCCCGGGAAAGGGGUGUGCAAACCUUGGGGGGAGGGCUCCCCGGGGCAGCGGGCCAGGCUGGGUGCCUGUGUGCCCCAGGGGACACCGCAGCACCCGUCCCCCCCCUUCCCUGGGAGGGAGGUUUGUCCCCCGGCCCACCCGCGGCGGGGGGUGGCUGCGGUGGGGCCCACGGUCGAGCUCUUCCCCAGAAGCGCUGGUAGCUGUCCCUGCCCGUUUGGGCAGCUCUCGGGUCAGGGCAGCAUAGGUGGGGGUGUGCCCGGGCAGGAUGAGGCCCCUGGUGCCGUUUGGGCACUUCCAGGGACGGCGCGGGGGAACAUACAGCUUUGCAGCCCCAGCUGAGCAGCCCAGCUGCUGGGUAGCGCUGGAGGGGUCUGUCUGCAGGAUUUCUGUCGGUGUUCCCUGUCGCUCGGGCUCAAACACCCGGCGGGGCCCUUCCUGCGUGGGAAGAGGCUGCUGAGCUUCUCGUGUCCCCCGGAGUUUCUUGCCUUUAUCAUCUUAACAUGUAUUUGCUCCCCUCCCCGCCCCUUUGCAUCGAGCAUCACAGCGCUGUACCCAGACCCACCAGUGCCCCAGACCGAGCGGUAGGGUCUGGGUCAUGCUUUUGGGGGAUUAUUUUUUCCUGGAUGGAAAAGGGAGCAGCUCCCAGCUGGGAAGGGAGCUCGGAUGCAGGCAGGAAGUCCUUGCCGGCACCCUGGGGGUCCUCCGCUCCCCCCUACAGAAAGGGAGAGGGCCAUGUCGUGGCAUGUAUAAGUAGCACAUUUUAAUCCAUUCAGGUGUUGCAGCGCUGUGAGCGAGAGAUUUUCCUCCUGCUUGCAUAAGGGUUUACGUGAAGGGCUGGAUCGGGGGAAGGAUCUGGUGCUGGGGUGAGCACCCUGCCCAUGGUGCGGUUUUGCAACAGCCACGUGGUCCAUGGCAAGUGUGCCAGGGUGCUGCACCGCCUCGCCACCGUCCCGUGACGGGCGCAAUGGGACCCGUGCCCACCCUGCAAACAGCACCCAGCUCUCCUGGUGAGGCUGGUGUGUGCGGCUCCAGGAUAGACCCGUCCCUGCUCGCAGCCUUGGGCACCUAAGAAGUCCAAAGCCUGUAAUUGAGAUAUUUAUGGCUGCUCUGACCUUGCAAAAUUGCUGAGUCAGAUGGUGAAGGUUUGUUGGUUUGGGGUUUUUUUUGCUGCAUUCCCUAGCUUUAAAUAAAACCCCAUCAGUUCCCAAAGCCUGGAAGUCCUCCGGCCAUGGCCCCGUCCUGACGUGAGUACCGUCCCUGUGCUGCGGCGAGGGGGAGCAGCUGGUCCUGAGCGUGCACGGCACGCUUGGGCUUGCUUCUCUGCGUGCUCCUCCUGCAGGAAGGGUGCGAUAUCCCCCGCUUCCCGAGGGCAGAGACGCUGAUCCCUGGGGCCGCAGCCUUGCCAAAUCUCGUGGGCGGAGGAGGCAUGCAGAAGGGGACCAGCGCCAUGGCCGAGAAGACGUUGCCAAGCCCCAGCGGGGCCAUCACGCCGCUGCAGCAGAUGCUGGCCUCGGGGACGGGGGCCAUCCUCACCUCCCUCUUUGUGACACCGCUGGAUGUGGUGAAGAUCCGGCUGCAGGCACAAAGGACCCCUUUCUCCAAAGCAUUGCCAGCAUGGUCUGUGCCCUGGGGCACUCGGCAGGCCACAUGGAAGUGUUUCCUUUACUGCAACGGGCUCAUGGACCAUCUGUACGUCUGCCAGAAUGGCAACAGCUGCACCGCCUGGUACAAGGCCCCCACCUGCUUCACUGGCACACUGGAUGCCUUCGUGAAGAUCACACGCUACGAGGGCAUCAGGUCUCUGUGGAGCGGCUUGCCCCCCACCCUGGUCAUGGCUGUGCCAGCCACCGUCAUUUAUUUCACCACCUAUGACCAGCUCCGGGACUACCUGCACGCUCGGACGGGAAGCCGGGGACACCACAUCCCCUUGCUGGCCGGGGCCCUCGCCAGGCUGGGUGCCGUGACGGUCAUCAGCCCCUUGGAGCUCAUCCGCACCAAGAUGCAGUCCCGACAGCUCAGCUACCAGGAGCUGCGUGUCUGCAUCCAGUCGGCAGUGGCUCAGGACGGCUGGCUGUCCCUCUGGAGGGGCUGGGGACCCACCGUGCUGCGAGACGUCCCCUUCUCAGCUCUCUACUGGUUUAACUACGAGCUGGUGAGGGAAUGGCUCUGCAGGCAGGCCCAGCUGGAUGAGGCCACAUUCAUGAUCAGCUUCGCAUCCGGGGCCAUCUCUGGGACGGUGGCUGCGGUGCUGACGCUGCCCUUCGAUGUGGUGAAGACCCAGCGGCAGAUCGAGCUGGGAGACAGCGAGGUGCACCCAGUCACAGCCUCCAAGCCUUCCUCCACCUGGCUCCUCAUGCGGCGCAUCCAUGCCGAGUCUGGCACCCGGGGGCUGUUUGCAGGCUUCCUGCCCCGCGUCAUUAAGGUGGCACCCGCCUGUGCCAUCAUGAUCAGCACCUACGAAUUUGGCAAGACCUUCUUCCAGAAGCUGAACCAAGAGCGGCGGUUGCGUGGGUUGUGAGCUGGGGCAGGGCUGCACAGGGACGGUGCCAACCCCGCUCCCGGCAAGGUGCCCCAAGAGCAGCGGGGACCGCACUCGGCUGUGCAAAGCCCAAGUGCCUUCGUGCUGCACUCUGCCUCCCCACUGCCUGCGCACGGAGGCAGGGCCAGCCCAGCCCCACUCUCCAUCCCCAGCUGCACUGGGGGACAUCUGUGCCUGCUGCUGUGACACUGGGGGGAUGUGGAGUCCCCCGCGCUCAUCCCUUGAGGCUGGACAGAUGCUGCUGCUGGAUUCGCAGAGGUUCUGGCAAGGACGGGGUGCCCCAGGAGACUCGACAGAGCCCCAGCUCCUGCUCUGUCAAGGACCAAACCCUUAGGGGCUUCUCCGUGUGCCUGCCUGGGCCCCCCAGCCCCGCUCCGGCUGGGGAUCUGCCGCUCCUCGCCAUCAGUCACGCACAGUGUCCCCUUGCCCCCUCUGUGUGGCACAGGGAUGCAUCAGGACCCUCCCCCUGCCUCCGGACCUCUCCCUCCCGCUCAGGGUGUCCCUGUCCCCUGGCAGCCCCUGGGCUCAGACCCUGUGUGGGGACAGACCUCGCUGCUGCUCUGGGGGGGUCAGCAGGCAUCUGGCAGCAAACCUCUGCCCGUGCCCUGGCCCUUCACCGCGAGGGCCUGCCCCAGCAUUGUGCCUGGUGUGGGCGCUGUCCCAGCUUGCCCCAGGACUCCAGGGGGGAAUUUCUCUUAUUUUCUUAAAUAAAAGGAAAUACUAUUUGUCUCUUA